AUGGAUCGCCUAGUGUGCCAUUCCUCCGUUGCGCCGCACACACUCGCCACGCCGCUGCGCGCCGAUUCACGCACGCGGAAAGGCGCGGUUGCAGCGGUUGCCGUGCCGCGAUCCGCAUCGAGAGUGAAGCUCGAUGCGUACGAGACGAGCCGCGCGCACGUGGGCGCGAAGCAGCUGAUGGGUCAGAGCCUCCAUUCGGCGACGGAAGUGUUGCGAUCACGACACGUGGUGGGAUCGUGCGGAAGACGAGGAGUCGUCGAGAUGGUGACACUGGAGGUGAAGGGGGUGGUGCAGCUAUUGAAUCUGUCCAAGAAGCUGCAGGAGGCGGGUAUCACUCACCGCGUGUGA